AUGUCAUUCUCUUUAAAAUACUAUUUCAUUAAGAAAAGGGUUCUAUUUCCUUCUAAUUUAUUUUUAAAUUCGAUUAACAGAAUUUUGAUUAAAAAUAAUUUUAAUUCUUUAAAUUUAAUUCAUCGAAGUUAUAAAAGAGAAAUUGAUUCAACCACCUUUUCAAAUAUUUCAAAUAACACAGAUAGUACAUCAAAUAAUACAUUAGUUGAUAAAGAUUAUGAAAAAAGAAGAAGAAAACAUCUAAGAAGUCAACGAAGAGUACAAGAGUUCUUUGAAAAUAAUCUAAAACAUGAUAUUAAUUUUAAAGCAUUAGAAGAUUUUCCCAAUUGGCUUAAAUCCUUUAGAUUACAUAAAUGGUCCCCAUGUUUUGAAGGAAUGAAAUGGCAAGAGAUUAUCGAAUUAAAUGAAAAAGACUUGGUUAAAUUAGGUGUUUCUAAAAAUUAUGUUAGAUUUAUGUUAUUAAAGGAUUUUCAAAAGAUUAAAGCUGCUAUGUCCAAAAAAAAAGCUUCGGCCUCUGAUAAAUGUUAA